GGAGCUGAGGAGGCGCUGGUCGAAGCGGGGCGGGAAGACGUAGCUGUGCAGCUGCUCGUUCGCAAAGCAAAGUGGGCAGCGGCAGCUCGCCUCUGCGGACGCCACGCUCCACAUUUGUUGCCUCAGGUGCUUCAACAGCUGCAGCUGCAGCAGCAGCAGCACAAACAGUUCAAAUCGCUGCAGGAACUAUGCGAGUUUUGCCAUGCAUUAGAACAAGCAAAGGCGGUUGAGGAGGCAGUCGAUUUCUGUUUGGCUAUUACUGACGUCCCCCCAGCUGAUCCGCAAAACCUUCGCGACUUUUGGCUACACGCGGUGAAGCUAGCCAAAGGCCUUGGCGGAUCUCGCCAUGCUGCUCUUGCUGGCCGUGUUGCAGGAGAGCUGCAGCAAAUGGGAGACACAAAAGCAGCAGGUGAAGUGCUGUUGUCAGCAGGCAGGACGAAGGAGGCCCUACAGAGGUCUUUGUUUGCUUCUUUCUGGUUUCUUCUUUGCUCAACUACCGCAGCUGACGUUGAGGCAAGCCAGCAAGUGCAUGAAUGCCAGCAUGCGUACAUGCACAUGAAUGCGCUGCAGUGCUAUAUAGCUGCUGAGGACUGGGCAACGGCGAAGCGGCUGGCAGCGUGUUUAGGAGAGGACGCGGAGACAGCGGUGUCUCUGAAGCAGCGGCUGCUGCUUCAAGAGAAAGGUGACAUUACAGGUUUACUGCAGGCAGGCCACACGGACGCUGCGUUGCUACUUCUGGCUGAUAACAACGAGUGGACAAAGUGUCUCCAGGUCGCAGCAGAGAAAGAGUCUCCUUUGUUCCUCCAACUUCUCUCUAGAAGAGUCCACGCGUUGCUGGAGACAGCAAGUGCUGCAGAGGCCGCUGAGGUGCUAAUCAGUGCCAUGAAAAACAGCAACAGCAACAUUAGCAGCAGCACAUGCAGAACCACAUCUCGCACAGAAAACAUGCUGUCUCUUUGCAUGAGCAUCGCCUCCGCGCUGGAGGUACACCAGCAGAAACAGCAGCAGAGCAGCAGCAGCUGUGGCCCCCCCUCUGACAGCAGUGCAGCAGCCAGCCGACCUAGCAGCCUGAUAAAGCGCAUGUAUCUCAUGGAUAGAGACAAACCCCCAUCUUUUAGUUCAGUAUCUGGUGCUUCUGCGCUACCGGCAAAGUCGCACCAAGUUGCUGCUCCAGCAACUGCUGCUGCUGCUUCUGCUCGUAACUUCUCUGAAGGGCCUUUAGCAGAAGCACAGAAGCAGCUGGUGCGUGUACACCUGGAGGAGGUCAUAAGCAACUGCGAAGGGCAGCCGGAGUUAACGGAGAUAGCCGCAAAGGCAGCACUUUCUGUCUUGAGGUGA